AUGGUUGUUGGCGAUAAAAAAUGCACAACUGAUGAACACGGACGAAGAAAGGGAGAUAUUGGAAGAUGUGGCAUAAGAGUUGAGGAUGUCUACAGCCAUAAUGGGAUUUCAUCAGACGAAGAAAGUAUACCAGACGAUGACAUGGGGGAGGUAUUGUUUAACGCUGAGGCGGAACAACUUAUUGAUGAAAAUGCUGACAAAGACUUCUUCCUGUUUCCAAGUAAGAAGUUUUUCUGCUGUAUUGUUACGUGCACAGUGUCAUGA